CCGUUACCGGGAGAAGAUGGUGGAAGCUGUGGCGGCAACGUGCACAAAACUCCGUCUAAAACAUUUCGGAAAAUAUUUACCAUCUCAGCCUGGCAUAAGAUAUCGGUUACCGGGAGAUAAACACAGAUAAUACACGCUAAAGAAAAGAUCAGAUCCGGCGUUUGUGUGACGGGGAAUGACCCACACACUCACGCGCACACACACACAGAUUAGUGGUGUGAAAACGUGGGUAAUGAAGUCACGACCAAGUUGUGAAAUUUAACCAGAGCUAGUUAGUGAAUGUAUUCGAUGAUUCGCUAGUAUUCGACUAUUCUGUGGUGGAAGAAUCGACAGUCUGGCCAACCGUUUUAUUCGAGCUGACUCCCGCUUUGUCUGAGCGCCGAAAAGCUGUGUGUGUAUGUGUGUGUGUGUGUAUGCGCAGCUAAAGCAGCAUUAGCCUGAGUUGGAUCAACUGACAACAUGCCACGGAGCAAAAAAGGGAAACGUGGGGCCACUUCAAGUAAGGGCUCGCUUCGACAGGAAGUGCUUCUGUUGCAGCUUUCAGCCAAGACGCCACUGUCACGUCCAGGGAAGAACGGAGGAAAAGGAGGGUCCGGUGCCAGUGAUGAUGAUUUGGCAUCUGAUGUGCUCAGUCAUUACAGCAGUGCCAGUGAGAGUGCUUCAGUACUCGAAGAAGGAUCAGGUGAGGCAGUGGAUGAGCAAACUGCUCAGGAGGAAACAGAAGACAAACUGAAGCAGUGUAUCGACAACCUGAUGGACAAGAGUGUGAAGACACGGCUAGCAGCGCUGGAGAGCUUGCGAUUAGCGUUCUCCUCCAGAGUGCUGUAUGACUUCCUGCUGGAGAGACGCCUCACCAUCGGCGACUGCCUGGAACGCAGCCUGAAGAAAGGUGGAGGAGAGGAGCAGGCUGCAGCAGCCACACUGUGUGCACUCCUCUGUAUUCAGCUGGGAGGUGGAUUCGAAGGCGAGGAGGGCUUUAAGGUGUUCCGCCCCCUCCUUAGCUCCAUCCUGACUGACAGCUGUGCCAGCCUAUCAGCUCGUCAAAGUUGUGCCCGAGCAUUGGGCAUGUGCUGCUACGUGUCCGCAUCAGACAAUGCUGAAGAUUUGUUGAAGUGUAUGGGACAUUUGGAGAGUGUGUUUGUGGGAGCGUAUCCACUGGGUGAUGGUAGCUUACCCUCUGUUAAACCUGGAACUCCGGCUCUCCACAGCGCUGCCCUUCAGGCCUGGGCUCUGCUCGGCACUCUGUGUCCUGCCUCCCACAUCAAAAACGUGGUCAGCCAUCACUUGCCUCGGCUGCAGGCUUGUUUGGAGAGCAGUGAGGUGAACUUCAGGAUCGCUGUAGGAGAAACCAUCGCUCUGCUGUAUGAACUGGCACGUGAAGUUGAUGAGGAGUUUGAGUAUGAGGACUGUGAUGUGCUGUGCGAGAGUCUGAAGCGUUUGGCAACAGACGGAAAUAAACAUCGGGCCAAAAACGACCGACGCAAGCAGCGCUCCAUCUUCCGUGAGGUCCUGCAUUACAUCGAGAGUGAGGAGUUCUCUGAGGAGAAGGUCCGUUUUGGGGUCGAGGUGCUCUACCUUGACGGUUGGAUGCGUCGUCGGAUUUAUGAUGCCUUUAAAGAGGUGCUGGAGUCCGGAGUGAGCCACCACCUGCAGGUUAAUCCACUACUAAGAGAUAUUUUUGGACUUGGAGCUCCGCUCAUUCUGGACUCUUCGGUCAAGGUCUCCCGGAUCUCUCGCACAGAAAGGCACCUUUUCAAUUCAGCUGCGUUUAAAGCUCGGACAAAACUACGGAACAAAGUGAGGGACAAACGAGCAGAUGUGAUGUGAUGUUGGAGCUAAUGAAGAUGAAUUGAUGCAGAGAGAGGAACACUACACACCUCUUUUGAGCUCACUUGAAAUGUUAAAACAGCAACUGCCAAACCAGGGACUUGACAAUGCAAAGUGUGUGUGAGUGUGUGUGAGUGUGUGUGAGUGCGUGUGAGUGCGUGUGAGUGCGUGUGAGUGCGUGUGAGUGCGUGUGAGUGCGCGUGCGUGCGCGUGCGUGCGCGUGCGUGCGCGUGCGUGCGCGUGCGUGCGUGUGUGUGUGCGUGCGUGCGCGUGCGCGUGUGUGCGCGCGCAGUCACGAAGAGUAAAUGUGUGUGAAUGGUGUGCCUCAGUUUUAUUUAACGUUACUGAAUAUAAAUAAUAGGAAAAUUAACUCUGCAACCCAUAGCAUUUUCCCUUAAAACACACAUAACGUCAUAUUUCUACAUGUCGAAUUGCAGUGAUGGUUCAGGGCAGGUCUCAGGAGAUACCCUGUGAUCAGCAGGAAGAAGGAAACUGCUAAGGAAAAUGCUAUGUAUUGCUCCUUUAAACAUCUUAAUAUUGUACAUUUAUAAUGACCUCUUGCAAGGCUAUAUUGAGUGUUUCUGUUAAAAUGUAUUUUACUUCCUAAUUUAUUAAGAAUUUUGGGAAAACAAAAGACUUUUUAACAUUUGAAACAAAUGAGCUAUGUAUACAUAGUGGGAAAUGGCCAAGGAAAUGAAACCCUUUCUAGCUUUUGUAUGAAUAUUUUACAAACUGGCUGCACAUCUCUGAUACAUAUGAAAAUGUAUGAAAAUUUGAAUGUUCUAAUAAUUGUAUAAAGGUCUCCUCACACUGCCAACAAAUUAUCUUUUUCUCAUCCUAAUUCUAAAUAUUGGUUUAGUGUGAGUUGACAAAGUCGGCUGGAUAUUUCAAAAUCAAAAUCUCUCCCGGUGUUGUUUACUGUAUUAGUGUAUUCAGAGACUUUGGUUUGUGUUCACACUUUGAGGAAAAUUCCUCUUUUACUAGAGCUGAUACAUUAACAGUACUGGCCAGGAGAGAGCCAUCUUCCUGCUACAGCUGCUAACAUCACCUUCAUGUAUUACUGAAAGUUUUACAGUUAGAAAUAGGAGGCCAAAAAUGUAUUUUCUUAAGGAUGAAGGGAUAAUUACAGAUUUUUUGCAAUUAUAUUUUCCCUACAGUAGACAAAAUUGAAGGCCAGAAUUUUGAAUUAUUCAUUUAAAUUGUUAGAAAUGCGAUGUAAAGGCUUCUGCACCCAAUUCCAAUGAAUCAUGAAUUUCAUUAAUUAAAAGAAUGACUGAACUGUGGUGUUUCUAAAAGGUGUAGGUUUUUUUUUUUAGCAUAGCUUUAUGUGAAUAGAGCAAAUCAAAGUUAUUGGGGAGAGAUUUACUUUUUUAACUACAGAUUUUUUUGGAAUAGAGUAAAACAUCAUUUCUCAAAUCACUCUUUUUCUAAUUAUUAUAGUUCCAAGUAUAGUAUACAUCACAGAUAAACUUUCACAUUCAUAACAUUUUAAUCAUUACCAUGGCCCACAUCCAUACACAGCCCAAAAAACUGACAAGUUAUUCAUUUACAUUGCAAAACAUUUAUAUAAGUAAUAAAACAUGACAACCAUACUGUUAUUGGAAAGUAAUCACCAGAGGUUUUUUAUUCCUCUUAUACCACAGCAAUUUACCAGCACUAACAUUUUAAGCAAUUUUUAAAUUUGGAUGACAUCACUAUCAGCUAAAAUAAUUACACUUAAUGUAAUCACAUCCACAAAAUUUAAUUCCUCUUAUUACUGAACAUUGUAGCAGCUAUAAACAGUCGUUCCCUCACCAGCAUCUCUUUUUCUCUCAACAUUGUGUGAGAAAAAAACUUCUGUUACCCAGAAACUGGAAAGUGCAAACUCCUCUGUCCUGAAGACUUUGCAGAAACUUACUGUUACAAAAAGUGCUGACAGUGAAGUCUAUUUCCAUACAUGUUAAAUAAAGAAACUGACAAAACA